GAAAAGCAGUAUUUGUCGUAUAGCACAUUUUUAUUUUCAUUUUAGAAUGUUAAGAUGGUUCUCAAGAUCAAAGUGUCGGAAAGCAAGAUUGUCUUUCAAAACGUGCUAAUCUGUGCAGUCAUUUUCUACACUGUUUACUAUCUGUCCCAAGUAAUUUGUUUCAUAGCACUUAGAUUGGGAAGCUUUGAUGAACUUGGCCCAUUUGAUUUCAAAACCCUUCCAUCAUGGUUAGACAAAAAGUAUUUAGCUAAUUUGAUCUCUCUUGAGUCAACCUGUAUCGUAUCCGGUCUGCUCUUUGCAUUGGUUGUAGAAGAAUGGAUCUGGGACUAUGCUUGCACUGUUACAGUAUUCCACAUUUUCAUAACUUCAAUAGUUAUGAUGGAAUUUCCCCAGACGGCUCACUGGUGGAUAUCAUUAGGUAUUGGUUUGACUGCAAUGGUUUCUGGAGGACAAAUCCUGGCUUAUAUUCUCUUUAAAGACAACUUCAUCUAUCCGGACCUUGAUGAUUUUUAA